UAGUCUUUCGUUACCAGUGGUCUGUGUUGCACGAGUUUUCGAUAAAAUUCUUUAUUUAUUUUCGUUUUUUUUUUUUGUAAUCUGUGUUUGCUUUACCUGUGUUAAAGCCAGUGAUAUAUAUAUAAAUCAUUCAGCCAUGCAUUCAGACAAGAUCAGGGUGUCUGCGCCGAAGAUACAGAACAGGCAGUUUGUGAAGCCUCUCCUGUGUGGUCCAGGGCCCUGUGACUACUGGCCUUCAGUCGCCGAGGCUGUUGCCAACCCCAUCAUCACACCGAACUGCGAUGAAUUCUAUCAUGUCUUAGACGACAUUCGAGCAGGGUUACAAUACGUCUUCCAAACUCAGAGUAAACUAGUUCUGGCAAUGUCUGGAGCUGGUCACGCUGGUAUGGAAGCCGUGAUCAAUAACCUGGUGGCUCCCGGCGAGACCCUGCUCAUCGCAGCGAGGGGUAUAUGGGAUCAACGUGCUGAAAUCAUUGCUAAACGACUGGGAAUUAAGGUCGAAGUAACCCGAGUUCCAAUGAACACUACCUUCAACCUGGAACAAAUAGAAACAGAAUUAAAGAGAUUGCGCCCCGCUGCCUUGUUUAUCACCCACGGUGACUCCUCAACAGGAACGGUACAGAAAAUGGAUGGCUUGGGCCAACUUUGUCACAAGUAUGGAGCCCUACUUCUAGUAGACACUGUGGUCUCACUCUGUGGGCACCCUUUCUUCAUGGACGAAUAUGAAGCAGAUGGAGUAUUUUCUUCGACACAGAAGGCAUUCAGCGGCCCUGCUGGAAUUUCCCCUGUAGCAUUCAGUACAAGAGCAGAGGAGAAGAUAAACAACAGGAAACAUGAACCUUCUUUCUACUUCGACGUCAAAUUAUUAGCGAAACAGUGGAACUGUUAUGGUGAUACUAGAAUUUACCACCACACAAUGAGUCCACCAAUGCUAUGGGCAUUAAGAGCCUGUCUCCAAGAGAUCUCCAACACAACACUGCCAGUGGUCUGGGCCCGUAAUGCUGCAAGCACCGCGCACUUCCACAAACGCCUGCAAGAACAUGGCUUCGAGUUCUUCGUACCGAAACCUGAGGAAAGACUGACGACUGUCACCACCGUGGCUCUCCCAAAAGGAGUUGAUUAUUUGAAGUUCACUGCUGUUUUGAGAGAAAAACACAAUAUCCUGAUUCUGGAGGGCCGUGGGCCAACGGAGGGCAAAGCCCUAAGGGUGGGCAUCAUGGGAGUGAACGCAAGAAUAGAGGUGGCUGAUACAGUGGCAGAUGCAAUGGCGGACACGUUGAAAACUAUGUUAUCGUUGUAUUAAUUAUUUUUAAUAUAUUUUUUUUUUUACGUUUUUGUAAUGUGAUAUGUUGAAGUUAAUCUUGUGAUAAAUAAAUCGAGUUUAUAUUUCUAAUCUUCUAAUAAAAAAUCUAUGUUAAUACUGAAA